AUGGUUGUGCCAAGGCUUUCCGCAAAGAGAAGCGGGACCUGCUCCGAUUUGCUAUGGGGGGGGGGGGGGGGUUGGUUUUUUCGGGGUGGCGGCAAGCCGGUGAUGGUGAGGAGGACAAAGCGCGGCCGCCCCAACACCAGCGAAAGCACAUUGUCGGGGCAGAGAGACCGCAUUCGGGGCGCCACACCCGCUUCAAAGUGCCGGUUGGCUCCCUUGGGUGGCCCGCUUCUUUCCGAGCAAAGCUGGGGUUUCUGUGCCGAUGGGUGGUUGGCGUGGUUGGACGGAAACAAACCGAGUGGGAGGAAACAGGGAACGCUCGGCGAAUACGGGCUGCAGCGAGGCACCACCGACACGCCUGAGGACCACACCACCGGGUAG